AUGACAAACGAACGUAUCCUUUCCAUCCAGUCGCAUGUAGUUUCCGGAUAUGUUGGGAACAAGGCAGCCGUGUUCCCUUUACAGCUUCUUGGUUUCGAUGUUGACGUUGUAAAUUCUGUGCAUUUUUCCAAUCACACGGGGUAUACCAACGGAUGGGAAGGGGACGUCUUGAAAGGAGAACAACUCCGAGCUAUUCUGGACGGUCUCGAUCGGAACGGCUUGCUAUCGUCGGUAGGUCACGUCUUGACGGGGUACAUUGGCUCGAUUUCUUUCCUGGAAGCCGUGCUGGAUGUCAUCAAAACUAUUCGAAUGAAGCAUAAGGUUCGGUUCGUGUGUGAUCCGGUACUGGGAGACAAAGGCGAGUUCUACGUUCCCAAAGAGCUGGUGCAGGUGUACCGAGAAAAAGUCAUUCCGAUAGCGGACGUUCUGACGCCCAAUCAGUUUGAAGUCGAGCAACUAACAGGAAUCGAUGUCAAAACAUUGAAUGAUGCCAAAAUGGCGUGCCAGGCUUUGCACGACAUGGGUCCGAGUUUGAUAUUCAUUACGAGUUGCGAGUUUUCCGAACGUGAAAUGUCGAUACUGGCGUCUCAGCGUCGCGAAAACGAGAUUCAGCUCUGGCACAUUGCGUGUCCCAUAUUGGCGGGACACUUUACCGGCACGGGAGAUUUGUGUGCCUCUCUCCUGCUUGCGCACACGGCGCGAGAUCCGGACAAUUUGCCGGCGGCUAUGGAAAAGGUUAUCAAUACCAUGUUUGCGGUGAUUGAACGGACCAGUAAGAACGGAGGGGAUUCGGUGCAGUCACGGGAGUUGAGAUUGGUACAAAGCAAAUUGGACAUUGAAAAUCCGCCGCAGCGUUUCAAGGCGGAACGAAUAUAG